GACCUGACAGGCUCAAACCUUCAUUACCAUUUUCUUCAUCAUUUUGCUCAAUUCAAUCUCCAUUUUUCUAAACCUUCUAUCUCAUAUAUAAAUAAAUAAAUAAAUAAAUAUAUAACAAUGUUUGUGAAAGCAUUGUCAGCUGUUUCUCUUCCUACAAUGCAAGGAGGGGCUAGUCCUGGCCACUUGUUGAGCUCAACAUCCUCUGUUUUCCCAUGUCCAAGCAUGAACUCAUUAUCAUCAUCUUCUUCCUUUGGUCUGGCGAUUGUGCCAAAAAGACGAGGUAACGGGUUGGUGGUUUCGGCUUCACUGGAAAAUUAUGUGAAUUCGCCGCUGACCGGGGUGGUGUUCCAGCCAUUUGAAGAGGUGAAGAGAGAGGCCUUUAUGGUGCCAAUCUCUCCCCAACAUUCGCUUGCUCGUCAAAACUAUGCAGAUGAGUGUGAAGCAGGAGUCAACGAGCAGAUCAAUGUGGAGUACAAUGUGUCGUAUGUGUAUCACUCCUUGUAUGCCUACUUUGACAGAGACAAUGUUGCUCUCAAGGGCCUUGCCAAAUUUUUCAAAGAGUCAAGUGAAGAAGAAAGAGAACAUGCUGAGAAAUUUAUGGAAUACCAGAACAAACGAGGAGGAAGAGUGAAGCUACACUCAAUACUGAUGCCCCCUUCAGAAUUUGAUCAUGUUGAGAAGGGUGAUGCAUUGUAUGCAAUGGAACUAGCAUUGUCGUUGGAGAAGUUAACAAAUGAAAAGCUUCUGUGCUUGCACAAAGUGGCCUGUCAGAAUAAUGAUCCUCAAAUGGCAGAUUUUAUCGAGACUGAAUUCUUAACUGAGCAGGUAGAUGCCAUUAAGAAAAUCGCAGACUAUGUCACGCAAUUGAGACGCGUUGGAAAAGGACAUGGAGUGUGGCACUUUGAUCAGAUGCUCCUACAUGAGGGAGAUGGAACAUUUUGAAGCUUUUCACUGUUUGUUUUAUUUCUUUACCGGCCUGUGUUCUUUGUGGCAUAAGAUAAGAGGUGGUGUUAUGUAGCAAAUGUGUGUAUUAUUAUUAUGAGAAUAAACCUAGGAUCAGUGGUCAUUGUUAUUUAGAGAAUGCAUGUACUAUUGUGACGAUAAUAAAAAUGGGCUUAUACCCAGAAAUAUGGAAGUUUGUUCUGCUGAAAACAAAAUAA